CCUUAGUGAGAACCCGAAAAAAACAGAGCAUUUUUCUUUUCCCAAGAGGACAAGCUAUGUCGGGGUCCAGUUUUUUGGAGUCGCUAUAAUACCUUACUUGAUCCUAUAUACCAACAAAACAUGUCAAGGAAGUUUCAAGGAAAGAGGAGUAUAUGCUACUUGCAGGAAUUAAACACAAAUCAAAUGAUCACUCUGCAUGUUUUCUAUACUUCCAUUGCUCAGCUACUUUUCAUUUCUUGUAUCUAUUAUAAGAUGUUAUUCUGACUGCAAUUUGCUGCAAACGUUACAUACACAUUGCUCAAGGAUAAACAGUUCAACCAUCUUUCUGUAAAGGUGAAAGGUUUUGCAGAGGAAGACGAAGACCAGAAUACACCUAUUUCCAUCAGAGUAAUCUCGUUUUCGGAAGUAUGAGUUUCUCCAAGGGCUCUCCCGGCGGCCAGACGCCGCGUGAUAUAGAGGCUGGGUCUCCCCGUAGCUUCUCUGCUGAUUUUGAUGAUGGAGACUUUUCCUCUGAUCCCUUUGAUGUUACCAGAACAAAGAAUGCUCCGGUUCAACGCCUCAGGCGUUGGAGGCAAGCGGCACUUGUGCUCAAUGCUUCUCGUCGAUUUCGUUACACCUUGGACUUAAAGAAAGAAGAGGAGAAGAAACGAGUAUUAAGAAUUGUUAUAGUGCAUACACGAGCCAUUCAAGCCGCAUAUCGUUUCAAGGCAGCUGGGCAAAUGAAUGGAACUAUAAAACCUCAUUCAGGCUCCACUGGGGAAUUUUCAAUUGGACAAGAGCAACUCUCUUCAAUUUCAAGGGACCGUGACAUUUCUGCUCUGCAGGAAAAAGGAGGGGUUGUAGGGUUAUCACAUUUGUUGAAAACCAAUUUAGAAGAGGGAAUUCAAGGUGAUGAUGAUGACUUGAUUAAACGGAGGAAUGCAUUCGGGUCCAACAACUACCCUCGAAAGAGUGGAAGAAGUUUUUUGAUGUUUAUGUGGGAUGCUUGCAAGGAUCUGACCUUGGUUAUUUUAAUGGUAGCUGCAAUGGCUUCAUUAGUACUAGGGAUAAAAUCUGAGGGUAUCAAGGAAGGAUGGUAUGAUGGGGGAAGCAUUGCUUUUGCAGUUAUUCUUGUUAUUGUUGUUACAGCUGUAAGCGAUUAUAAGCAGUCUCUUCAGUUUCGAGACCUAAAUGAGCACAAGAGAAACAUACAUUUGGAGGUUAUUCGGGAUGGUAGAAGAGUUGAGAUCUCCAUAUAUGAUGUUGUUGUCGGUGAUGUUAUUCCCCUUAAUAUUGGUAACCAGGUCCCUGCUGAUGGAGUUUUGAUCACUGGUCACUCUCUUGCAAUUGAUGAAUCAAGUAUGACAGGGGAGAGCAAGAUUGUCGAUAAAAAUUCCAAUGAUCCUUUUUUAAUUUCUGGAUGUAAAGUUGCGGACGGCAGUGGCAAUAUGCUGGUAACGGCUGUUGGUAUUAAUACUGAAUGGGGACUUCUAAUGGCUAGCAUUUCAGAAGACAAUGGUGAAGAAACUCCUUUGCAGGUACGCUUAAAUGGUCUCGCUACCUUAAUUGGUAUUGUUGGACUCUCUGUGGCUGUUGUGGUUCUGCUGGUGCUACUGGCCAGAUAUUUCUCUGGAAAUACUAGAAACACAGAUGGAAGUAUUCAAUUUAUAGCGGGCAAGACCAAAGUUGGGGAUGCCAUUGAUGGAGCAAUUAAGAUUGUCACUGUUGCGGUCACCAUUGUAGUGGUUGCAGUGCCUGAAGGGCUCCCUUUAGCAGUUACCUUAACUCUUGCCUACUCAAUGAAAAAAAUGAUGGCAGAUAAAGCUUUGGUGAGGAGGCUUUCUGCCUGUGAGACAAUGGGGUCAGCCACAAUCAUUUGCAGUGACAAGACUGGAACAUUGACUAUGAAUCAGAUGACUGUGGUUGAGGCUUGCAUUGGUGGGAAGAAGAUUUCUCCUCCUCACGAUAAAUCACAGUUCUCUCCUACGCUCUGCUCUUUGCUGAUUGAAGGUGUUGCACAGAACACUAAUGGGAGUGUUUAUGCUCAUGAGGGACGUAAUGAUGUUGAGGUUUCUGGCUCACCAACAGAAAAGGCAAUUUUAGAGUGGGGAAUUCGGCUUGAAAUGGAUUUUAAGGCUGCCAGAUCAAAAUCAUCAAUUAUUCAUGUCUUCCCAUUCAAUUCAGACAAAAAGCGUGGGGGAGUUGCAAUACAGAUGCCCGACUCUUCAAUCCAUAUACAUUGGAAAGGUGCUGCUGAGAUAGUCCUAGCUUGCUGUACAAAGUAUAUGGAUGCAAAUGGUCAAAGGAUGAAGAUGGAUGAAGCGCAGAUGACGGCUUUUAAAAAAACUAUUGAAGACAUGGCUGCUGAUAGUCUACGUUGUAUUGCCAUUGCAUAUAGAUCAUAUGAAAAGGAGAAUGUUCCAACUAGCGAAGAAGAACUUGCCCACUGGUCAUUACCAGAGGAUGAUCUUGUUUUAUUGGCUAUUAUUGGCCUGAAGGAUCCUUGUCGACCUGGUGUCAAAGAUGCAGUGCAGCUUUGCAAAAAGGCUGGAGUUGAGUUAAAAAUGGUCACUGGUGACAACGUUAAAACUGCAAAAGCAAUUGCUAUGGAAUGUGGAAUACUUUCAAUUUCUGAUGCCACAGAGACAACCAUCAUCGAAGGAAAAGUAUUUCGAUCCAUGACAGAUGAAAGGAGAGCAGAAAUCGUUGAAAAGAUAUUGGUUAUGGGGCGGUCAUCUCCUAAUGACAAGCUUUUGCUUGUGCAAGCAUUGAGGAGAAACGGACAUGUUGUGGCUGUAACCGGAGACGGAACAAAUGAUGCUCCCGCACUACAUGAGGCCGAUAUUGGUCUUGCAAUGGGUAUCCAAGGCACAGAAGUUGCUAAAGAGAGCUCUGAUAUCAUUAUUUUAGAUGACAAUUUUGCUUCAGUUGUGAAGGUUGUCAAAUGGGGGCGAUCUGUAUAUGCAAAUAUUCAGAAAUUUAUCCAGUUUCAGCUUACAGUCAAUAUAGCAGCACUUGUUAUAAAUGUUGUUGCAGCAUUUUCCACCGGUGAUAUCCCACUAAAUACAGUACAGCUUCUCUGGGUAAAUCUUAUCAUGGAUACUCUUGGAGCAUUAGCCUUGGCAACUGAACCACCAACCAAUGAACUGAUGGAUCAACAUCCAAUGGGUCGAAGAGAACCUCUUGUGUCAAAUAUUAUGUGGAGGAAUCUGCUAAUGCAGGCAAUGUACCAAGUGUCUGUCUUGCUUAUACUUAAUUUCCGAGGGACAAGCAUACUGGGUUUGAGGGAUGAGCCCAACCGCUCUGCAAUCAAAGUGAAAAACACUCUGAUAUUCAACGCAUUUGUUCUUUGUCAAGUCUUUAAUGAAUUUAAUGCCCGAAAGCCAGAUAAACUCAACAUAUUCAACGGAGUCACAAGAAACUACCUCUUUAUGGGGAUAGUGGGAGUAACUGUUGUGCUUCAGAUUGUCAUCAUUGAAUUUCUUGGAAAGUUCACUAAAACAGUCAAGCUGACUUGGAAGCAGUGGCUCAUUUCUGUUAUUAUAGGAUUUAUCAGCUGGCCUCUUGCGGUGGUUGGAAAACGGAUACCAGUACCAAAGGCUCAACUCAGUAACUUUUUCCGAAAAUGUCUUCAACACUGUAACAUUUUCCGAAGAUGUCUUCCUGAAUGAUCAAGGCGGGGAUCUGAGCCUUCUCAACAGAAUCAAAUAUAGACGUCUUGCUGAUUCAUUCUCCUUGCCGUCUCAUUUAUUGGCAUGUUUACCUACAUUCUUCUGGUGAUGGAAAAUAGUAUACUAGUUGUACAGAGGUUGGAUUUGGAUUUGUUUUAUACUUAGGUUCUAACAAGGUUAGAUUUGUUAUAUACGGAAUUUCAACUAGUCUAUUUUAACCCCCAGUGUAUUUUCAGUGUGACAUGUUGAUCUAUAUUUCAAUUUAGCUUCUUUUUAUUUGAUGUUUUA